AUGGCGCUUUGCUGGGCUUAUUUUGCUGUUGUUUUAGCUAACAAUCAAAACUUUAGCCAUGAGCUACAUGAUGAAAGUGAUCUGUUGGUGCGAAAGGCGCGCUGGUUGCCACUGAUCUGGCCACCUACCCAUGCCGCCAGAUUCAAAUUUCUGGCGGGCUUUGGUAUACCCGUGCAAGAUCUUAAAUAUGAGACCGUUACCACGGGCUAUGUGCUCAAGGCGAGCUAUUAUUUGCCCAACUCAGCCAAGCAAAUACGCACAAAGGACGUGCACGACAUAACCGAACGGAAGCUUAUGGACAAUGCAACCAUAUUUCAGCGGGCCAUGCAAAAGACCGACGAGGAAGUGGGUCUGACCACAAGAGUUAUCGAAGAGACAUCGCAGGCGCUCAGUGACUAUCGCUGGGCUGUUUACAAGAGUUUUGAGGCUAUGGCCAUACGCAUGCAACUGAAUGGACGGCAGUGUAUUUUGAAGAGCAUCUGCGAGAGUGCCGCUUCGCCGUUUGAUGAGCGCAACGGACUGCUGGGAGAGCUCCUGCACAUAUUGCUGACUCCUUCCAGCUCAAUAGAUGCCCUGUCAGAGCACACGGAUAACGAUUAUCUACACGCCGAACGUUUGGGGCAUGCGGGUGCCGAUUGUGAUAAGGUCUAUGCAAAAUGUGAGAAAUCACUUUUGGAGCACUUUUCAGAUGUGCAUCAUUUGGGCAGUGAAUUUCUCAAUAUAUUGGGCUAA